AUGCUGCCAAGGUAUGAUGGUCCAAAAGGCUCACAACUGUCUGCACUUUCCGUAGACCCGGGCCGGCAGUCGCAGCGCUUCCCCAACAAGAGCAAGGUGGCGCCGCUGCCGCCGGGCGCGGACGGCGCGGACGCGGGCGGCGACGGCGACGCGGCGCUCAUGAGCGACCAUCUACGAGCGCGCGGCGCCGGCCGCUCGGCUCAGCUGGGACGAGCCCGCGCCGCCCGCACACAAGGGCAGCGGGGAGGAGGAGCUCCACGACGCCACCAACCCCGCGGCGGCCGAGCACAUGAACCUCACCGUGUACUUCUAGCGCCCGACGCCGGCCCCGACUCCGACCAGCGAGACGUUUCUCCGGCUGAACCGAAUAGAGACUGUACAUUGCCGGAUUCCACUAAUUCCGAACUACUGAAUACUAACGCUCUACUCCUACAAAAUUUUAACGAGGCGCUAAAUUAUAAAGACCGACACCAUCUACCUAAAGUUUUCGAUCGUGCAAUAAAGAAUAUCAGUGAAGCGGUGAGCGCUCGGGAUGAACGAACCCGACCGGAAUCUCAAAGUCACCCGCUAUACCCGAAACUAUCUAGAGAAGAAAAUCUACCAGGCUCCACCGCCGACGCUGACGGUCUAUCGAACCUUUACCAUCACACGGAGCGAGUGCCCCACCGCACGCAAAAAGAUAAUGAUCGACGAAACCUAAAUAUCACAACAUCUGAAGAACAGACUAAUAUCUCAUUUUCUAGCAUCCUUGAUAAACAUACAGCAAUUUAUAGACUAUAUGCGUUACCAGAUACUACCAGUCCCAUAAAUAAUGACGAGAAUUCUUACAGUCGAGAACUUUCAAACGGUCCCUAUUACCCACAUAUUUCGCAGCAAAACUAUCGCAAGGAAAGUAAAACGGAAUCGAAGAAAUCUGUUGGUUUAGAAAACAAUCCUAAUUAUUCAUCGGGUCAGGGUGAUAAAGUAAUAACACAGUACGAUGCACCGAUCAUCAAGGCUCCGUCAGAAUUUUCAGAUGAACAAAGUCCCCUUCCUCCAAUGACCAUGUCUUUCAGCAACAUGAUGACGAUGCCUGUUAGUAACGUCCAUUUGACUGAGCGGCAACUUCCAACCGAAUAUGUUGCAGUACCAGUGAAGAAAAUUUCACAAGUUUCAAAGCAAAAUAAACAAAGGAAGAAAAACACUCCACCAAAAAUUCCUAUGAAACCCACUCAACACGCAGUGUCUCCGGUAAAGUAUAUUCCAAUCAAUCUAGAUAACCCAAUGGUCAAUCCUGAGUUUCUACCAAAAACCAAAGGUAAUUUUCCUACGAAAAAAGUUACGCCGCCGAAACGGCCUCCGUCUCCUGUGGAAUACAUUCCAAUUCCUAUCAAUCCUAAAACAAGACAGCCUCAAGUCUUCACUCGUGUUCACAAAGGCAUGAGGCAUCCUCAUCCUGGGUCUAAUCGUCCUAGAACAAGAACUCCUAUUGAGGGUCCAGUUUUUAUUACUCAACCUCACGAAAGCCAAAGGUAUGUAAUGCAUCCGUCUGCCCCUAGACUGUCCUAUAGCUCAAUGGAUGGGUGGAGAAGUGAGGGGCCUUCUUCUUUUGCUAGCAUUGAUCCUAGAAAGUUGAGGACUCAACGCGUUAGUCCGUUGUUAUUUGUUCCAAUGUAUAAACCCUUGUGAUCUUAACAAAAUAACGAUGAACCCUCCUUAGGAAUGAUAUCAUCGAUAUUUAUGACUCCGCACUUGCCAAAUCUUAGUUACAGCAGAAAUCGUUAGACGUCAUUGCUGGAAAGUUAUCAUCGGUUUGUCAUCGCUGUUAAGUUAUUACUAAUGUAAGUAAAAAGAAAGUACCUACUAGUAAAAGUUCCUAAGCAUGUUACCGGUCUUUUAACUUCCGAUCUCAAACAAAUCAAUACAUUGAUCAACUGAAAUAAGUUUUGUUUACGUAAAACUUAGUACGUAGUCUUCAAUUCAAUGUGAUUCAGAAUGAUAAUAGUGAAAUCAAUUAUACUGUGAUAUUUUUGCUAUUCAUCAUAACGUUACGGGUUCGGUGGUGCCUGGUUCUUUUUUAGAUAUUUGUAGAACUUACUGUUGUGGUAGAUAAUAGUAAGAGUAGUUUAGAUUAUUUGUUACCAUUUUUAAAGAAAAGAAAAAUAUGAAGUUACUAAGAAAUGGGUGUUAGUCUUGGGCAUUAUUUAGUUUAUUAAAAUUAAUUAUUACUACUGUUAUAUUUCAGAUGUCCAUUCAGUCCAUUGUGGUGGUAGAGCGUUCGUUUAUGUCUUACUUACUAAUGUUUUAGAAUGUUUAAUCCAAAGGGUCGUAAGGAUUUGGCUUUGUCUUCCCCUGUGUAAAGGUGCCCCAACAUAGACGAAAAAAUAAAGUGUGUUCUGUAAUGUACACAUAAUUAUAAUAGGUUCCUAAGCAUCGAAUCGAAUGCAGUAAACCUUUUUGUACUUUUACAAUGUCAUUUAAAUGUAUUAUUAAGUGGGUAUGACCUAUUCAUUGUAAAUAAUUCAAUUUUGUACAUUCAUUAGUAUCGCAAGGUAUUUUGAUUCAGGCGGAAUGCUUCAAUACCUUGUUAAUAGUAAAGAAUUUGUAUUGUAGUCGUUUAAAGGUUUUAUUUAGUAAACCAUAACUGUCUUGUACAAUAUCUUGUUAAUGAUUCUGAUAAUAUGUUUACAUUACUGUUAGAUUACUACUUUAGUGGUAAUAGCGCAUGUUUUAUUAGUACCUUUAGUUAGUAAUACUUGUAAGAUGUAUGUAGUAAUAUAUUCAUGUCAUUAAUUUACUGUUUCUAAUAAAGGCAGAAGUUCGAGCUCUCCCAGAUACCUAUCUCUCCAUAAAAAAUGAUUUUUCAGAAGCAUUAUUCUAAAAGCAAUUUUAAGUUAUACAACAUAACUUACAACAUAACAUACAACACAACAUACUUUGUUAAUAAAUCAACUAAAGUUCGUUCGUAAAUAAAAUAGAACUGUAAUAUAAUUCAUUUAUCAUAUUUAUCUUACAUACUUAUUUUUAGUGGUACUACGUAUCUUACGUAUUUAUAUUAUUAUCAUAGAAAUGUAAGAACUGUUAUUAUAUUUUUGUUGAUGCUA